AUGGCAAAACCACUUCAAAAGGAGAGGGAGAAUCGGUCUGCUGACAAAAAGGACUUGACCUUCCACCCGUAUACUAUAACUCCUGAGAGUGCCCACACUUCGAUUUUGCUCUUGGAAUCCGCAGAACCCGAGAUACUAUGUCAGACUCUCCGAGCGAUCACGAAGUUCUCCGCGCAAGACAUGGCGAACCGCAACGUUCUCUUCAACUUGAACGCGAUCCGCUACAUCCUGCCCCACGUAGAGCAUCCUGAGCUGAACAUCAAGCGGUUCGCGCUGAAGGCUCUGGCGCAGCUGUGUCAGCUGCCGAGGGGCCCGGAGCAGGUGCUGGCCAACUCGCAGAACCUGAGGAAGAUCGCGUUUAUGCUCGUCAAGAUGGAAGAUGUAUUUGUCUUGGAAUUCGCCUCGUUAGUUCUUUCGGAGCUGACCAGGGAACCACUUGGCUGCGAACAGCUGGUCUCCGCAAAUAUACUGAGCAGUCUCUUUUCAAGAAUGAAAAACAGCUUAGAUCCUGAUGUCCAGAAGAACUGUCUACAGACCCUCAGCAACCUUCUAGACGACCCAGUUUGCGCUUCCGAAGUGACCAAGAACCAGCAGUUCAGCUGGCCUUCUCUGCUCGCCCUGAUGCAGAGCAAGUACCUGGCCAUACAACACGCGGCGCUGCGGACGGUGGACCAGCUCAUCUGCCGGUAUAAGGACCAAGUGGUGCAGAGGACUUUUAGGGCGUCUACCGGGGUUUUGGACCUGUGCGAUAUUUUGGAGUCUUACGAGUUCCGAGACGUCCACACCCAAGUGUUAGGAGUAUUACGCAACUACGUGGAAACCGAAGAGAAUGCUGCCCACUUGUACCAGUCAGGCUGCAUCCUCCGACUGCUGGCUUACCUGGAGAUGGCGCUGCCGGCUAUGAAACCGCACUGUCUCGCUGUGCUGACCAAGAUGUCUUUCACUUCUAACGGGAGAGAUGCUCUCUACCAAACCGGCACGGACCUGGUAUUCUGCCACCAGCUGCUCAGUUCCAAUGUAGAACUGCUCGCAGACGCGGCUAUGGGAGUCGCCAACAUGACUAAACUGCUGCCGGCCGCUGUAAGGAUGUCGGAUACCAACAUCAUUGAGGCUUUGUGCGCUAUCCUCGGUGACGAUGCUGCCGUCUGGUUCUACAUUCGCAUGAACUCGCUGCGAGCUCUGGCUGAGCUGUGCCGCAUCAUCCCCAAGGCUGCCUUUAGCUUGGUGGAGCCGAAGACCUUCGCGUCUCUGAGGAACAUUAACAAGAAGUUCAAGGACAACCCGAUAGAGGCGCAACGGCUGGCCGUGCAGUGCUACAUCAAUCUGCAGAACUACCACGUCAGCACCAAGGCCAUGCUCAACCCGGAGUUUAUGCAGGAGUUGCUCAACAUAUUGCAGCGGAUCGAUAUCAACCUGAAGAUCAUGACCUGCACAGUUCUCAGCGGGCUGAUGGCAGAGGACAUGGCCAAAGAGCUGUUCACGUCUCGCAAGGGCGAAGAGGCGGUAUCCAACAACCUCAGCAUAGAGCACAUCGGUCUUCGCACGGCGCUGUGCAAGCUCAUAGCAUGCAGCGUCACCGACGACGGCGCUGACGUCUACUUGGAACUAGGGACCAUACACUACAUGGUGGGCAACCGUUUAGCUCGCUACGUGGUAGGCGCGUGGGAGCCGGCGUUGGAGGCCAUUUUCCGGCGCCAUCCUGCCGCCCAACUCGCCUACACCGGCCGCCUCGACAUCAACGACUUCACGCAGGAAGGUUUCUACGUCCAGAAGCGUCUAGGCGAGUCGUUCCCGACGAUCCAGGCGCUCAUGGAGCAGAAGCCUCCGCACAGGGACCCCGUUUUCAUCUGCAUGUUCCACCAGCCGCCCUUUGACGUCGCGUCAGGACUGGAUAUCAGAUCGCCUCACCACCAAUCGGAGUCGAAGCUGGGAAUGAGUUCGUCUCGUCUGCGCGUGCCGCUGCUUCCUGACGACCAUAACUUGCGCUCCUAUCUGCUCAAGCUGAGGAUCUGGUUUGGGGACCCAGCUAAAUCGCUUCAUUACUUUGAAAUUGAAAAUGCUCACUACGAAGUUAGAUAUCGCGACAAAUGCGAGGAAGUGUCAUCUUCACUGAAGCAACGCGCCACUUUACUAGGCGAGUUCGUAGCGGAGCAGAUGAGCGGAUUGUCGCAGGAAAGGGACUGUUCCGUGGCCAGUGUCGACCUGCAUCUUCAAGAUAUCAUGAACGAGCUGAAUUCCUGCGUGAUCGGCAUCGGCUGGGUUCGCUGCGGCGGCGCGCUCGAACGGGCGAUCCUAUACAAGGCGCUGGCCGACCGCGUGGGGCUGCCGUGCGCUUUGCGCCGCGCCGGCAGUGCGCACGCCUGGUGCGAGAUAGCGGUGGCUGAGUUGGAGCCGGGGCAGCAUCUAGACCAAGUAGAGAACUACCCAGCCGGUCUUCUCCGCGCCAACUACGUAGUGGACCUAGUGGAGGCGCCGGGGCGGCUGCUGCCUCGCGGCGGGCACGAGGCGGCGCGCGUGUGCGGGCCCGCCUGCGCGCCGCCCUACACCGCGCACCAGCUGCCCGACGUCUGCCGCUGCGAGAACUGA